AUGGCACUUCACGUCCCCAAAGCUCCGGGAUUUGCUCAGAUGUUAAAGGAUGGUGCGAAGGAAGUAGGCGAUGGCACAAACUUUGUGCUUGUGUUUGCUGGUGCUCUGCUGGAGCUUGCAGAGGAGCUGCUGAGAAUGGGCCUGUCUGUUUCAGAGUUGAUUGAGGGCUAUGAGAUGGCAUGUAAGAAAGCUCUAGAGAUUCUCCCCGAUUGCGUCUGUUCGUCUGCGAAGAACCUGCAUGAUCUGGAUGAGGCCACAGCCAUGAUCCGCUCAGCCGUCAUGAGCAAACAGUACGGCAAUGAGGACUUCCUGGCCAACCUUAUCGCACAGGCCUGUGUCUCUAUCUUCCCCGAGUCUGGAAAUUUCAAUGUUGAUAAUGUCAGAGUGUGCAAAAUAUUGGGCUGUGGACUGAACUCUUCUAUGAUGCUUCAUGGGAUGGUAUUUAAAAAAGAGACUGAAGGAGACAUCACAUCAGUGAAAGACGCAAAGAUAGCAGUGUUCUCCUGUCCGUUUGACUGCAUGGUUACUGAAACAAAAGGAACAGUACUUAUAAAGAACGCAGAGGAGCUCAUGAAUUUCAGUAAAGGAGAAGAGGACCUGAUGGAGGCCCAGGUGAAGUCUAUCGCUGAUUCAGGGGCCAAUGUGGUUGUGACUGGGGGCAAAGUUGCUGAUAUGGCCCUUCAUUACGCCAACAAGUACAAGCUCAUGUUGGUGAGGCUGAAUUCAAAAUGGGACCUCAGAAGACUAUGCAAAACUGUGGGAGCCACAGCAUUGCCCAGACUGACUCCCCCAACCCCAGAAGAGAUGGGACACUGUGACAGUGUGUACCUGUCAGAGGUUGGAGAUACGCAGGUUGUGGUCUUUAAACAUGAUAAAGAGGAUGGCACCAUCUCUACUUUAGUAAUUCGUGGGUCCACAGAAAACCUGAUGGAUGACAUUGAGCGUGCCAUCGAUGAUGGAGUUAACACCUUUAAAGUCCUUGUCAGGGACGCACGUCUUUGUCCAGGUGCUGGUGCCACUGAAAUUGAGCUGGCGAAACACAUCACCUCCUAUGGAGAAUCUUGCCCAGGCCUGGAGCAGUACGCCAUCAAGAAGUACGCAGAGGCAUUUGAAGUAUUGCCUCGUGCUCUGGCAGAAAACUCUGGCAUCAAGGGCAACGAGCUGAUCUCCAAACUCUAUGCCGCCCAUCAUGAGGGCAACAAGAACUUUGGCUUUGAUAUUGAGGGAGAGGGGCCUGCAGUGAUUGACAUGAUGGAGGCCGGUAUCCUCGAUCCAUUCCUGGUCAAGCACUGGGGCAUCAAAUUGGCCACAAAUGCAGCCAUUACCGUCCUCCGUGUGGAUCAGAUCAUUAUGGCAAAGCCAGCAGGGGGACCAAAAGCCCCCAAACAGCAAGGACACUGGGACAAAGACGGUUGGGAUGAGGAGCCAGACAAAUUUGAUACACAUCAUUAAGAAAUUCAAAAUAAUUGCAAAGGUGCACAAAAACACCACUGUUUGGAGUGCUUA